CGUGGCGCAGCCGAGCUUGCCGGGUCAGGCACGCGAGCCGGAGGCCGGAGCCCGCGGUUUGGUGGAGGGAUCGUGGACGCGGAAAAUUCUUCAAGCAGUCACGAUGUCAACCAAUCCAGAUAUUUCCCUUUCUUCAUAUGAUGAAGGCCAGGGAUCUAAAUUUAUCCGAAAAGCUAAAGAGACUCCAUUUGUUCCUAUUGGAAUGGCAGGUUUUGCAGCAAUUGUUGCAUAUGGAUUAUAUAAAUUGAAGAGCCGGGGAAAUACAAAAAUGUCCCUUCACCUGAUCCACAUGCGAGUAGCAGCCCAAGGCUUUGUUGUAGGAGCAAUGACUCUUGGUAUGGGCUACUCUAUGUAUAAGGAAUAUUGGGCCAAACCCAAGCCUUAGAAGAGCUGCUGCCUUGUCUGCUUGGAAGUGCUUGCUCUAUAGACAUCUCAUAUUGAGGUUAUACGUUUAUGUCAGAAAUAAAGAGUGACUGGGUUCAGACGAUAACACAAUUUGAAUAAUGGCUUCUUUUCUUGCUGGUUUGAUUUACCUAGUGACCAAAUUAUUAGUGACUAGUUCACUAAGGAGGUCACUCAGGAGUCAAGUUACCAGUGAAGAAACUUGUCACUGAAUACACUUGAUUAUGUUAGGAUGUCCUCCUCCCUAAAUCGUUCUGAUGAGAUUAGUUUAACAAAAACAACAAGCCAGUCCUGAAGUAACCCCAGUUUGCUGCAUGAUACUCCAUGCUUUGGAAGAAAUGAGGUAGGAUUCCUAUUUGCCCGUAAUGUUAAUUUAACCUUUUCUCCUGUCUGUGAACUGAUUUGAGAACUUCAGCCUGAGAUUUACUGGCUUCUGAAAAACUCGAGAAAAUGCAUGAAAUAUAACUAAUGUACAGUUUUCCAUGAGAGAGAGAGUACAUGUGCUUAAACCAAACCUGGAAUACAGCUGCAUAGAAGCAGUGUUUAUUUUAGAAUCACACUUAUAUACCUGAGAAUGACUUAGUUGUGGAUUCUGGUUCAGCUCUUUUAUAACUGCAGAAUGGUAUUUUUGCUUCUGUUUUAGUAAAAUAAUUUUUAAAGGUCAUCUUGAAAUAGAGAUUUUGUUGUUAUUAUUGUUCAUUUUUUGGAUGCUGGGCACUGAGCCCAGGGUCUCACAUGCUAGGCAAGUGCCCUGCCACCUCAAGUGCUAAUGCAAAGGUGAAAUAACAUGUUUAAAUAUAGAAUAUGUCUACUUCUCUGUAAGGACCAUAAAUGGUAAAGUACUCAGAGGUGGGCGUGAUUAAUGGUUUUUGAACAAGCUGACUUGUGAAGCCUUAAGCAGACUUUGAUAUACUAUAGAAUGCUCUAGUGCACUUGUUCUCUUGUCUAACGUGAACAUACAUUCCAGAGUGACAUGACAUAUGUUAUUAAAGGAAGUGAACACA